UUGACACAAAAAGCCACAAAGUUCUGUUUGCUGAAGCAAGCAAGGAAGUUGUUGAUUUCCUUUUCAGUUUUCUGUCUUUGCAUGUUGCAACUGUUACUAGGCUCCUCUCAACUGAUGGUAUUGUUGGUUACUUAGGCAACCUUUACCAGAGUGCCGAAAGCCUUAGUGUCAGCUCAUACUUGCCACUCAAUCUGCGGCCAAUAUCCUUCAAUUGCCAUUGCCGACCAACAAUGACUAGAAUCUUUCUAAAUUGUUCUACAUUUGUGUGAGGUGCAGUUAAUAAAAACACAGUCAAGCCCAAAAUUAAGGUCCAGAAAAGGACGCAAGGGCAGUUAAUAAAAACAGAGCACAUAUUUUCAUCUUCUCCACUCCAGAGAGCCCUACUCUACGUCUACCGUCUACGCCUAAAAAGCUGCACUUGGGUCUCCUCUUGGUAACUCUUACAAAACUCCCUCUCCAUCUCUGAAUUUUCUCUUGUUUUUGUUUGUUUGGGAAAAAUAUGUAAUAUAUAUGGACCAAACUAUUUUUUUGAAAUUAGGCUCUGUAGUGAAAAAAAUAUAUUACACUGAUUUCUUCAAAUGAAUUUGUAUAUAUGCGCAAGCUCUGAAAUGAGGUUUUUUUUUUCUUAUUAUUUUUUAUUUAUUUUUGUGUUGAAGGUCCAUGCAAAGUAUUUAGAAGAUUGUAUUUUGAGUUAAAUUUUCCAGUUUCUAAAUAGAAAAAGGGGGAAUAUAUAUUUAUGAUUAUUAGUUUUUGAUACUUUUUUCUUUAGUUUUAUUAUAUAUAAAUAUAAUAUAAUUGCUGUUUUUCCUGCUAAAGCCUAAAGGUGCCUCCUUUAACCUACUUGUUUAGGCGUGUGCGUUCUGGGUUGGGUUGUAGCAAUGGCUCUGCUUAUUUACCAUUUUAUUACAGUUCCCUAAUUUCUCUAUAAGGCCUGUUGGUCCCAAUUCCCCUUGUCACUGCAUCAAUGGCAACCAACACUGUAAGCUUGAAGCUCUUGAUUGACACAAAGGGCCAUAAGGUUCUGUUUGCUGAAGCAGGCAAGGACUUUGUGGAUUUCCUUUUCACGCCUCUGGCUUUGCCUGUUGGAACUGUGAUUAGGCUCCUCUCUAAGGAUAACAUGGUGGGCAGCUUAGGCAAGCUUUAUGAUAGUCUUGAACUUCUUAAUGACACAUAUAUGUUACCUAAUCUCAACAAGGACACAUUGGCUAAAAAGGUGUACAUGUGUAGGACCUACCACCUCUUUAUAGCUGACGAUCCUAGAGCCAUUUGCCCAGCGUGCAAAUAUACUCUCUCUACCGAGGUGCCUUAUGUUGCAGCACCGGCUAUUGCGGAAGGAUCGUCUGGUGGUGGUGGUGGUGGAGGGUAUGUGAAAGAUGUUGUUACAUACAUGAUAAUGGAUAAUUUGGAAGUGAAGCCUAUGUCUACCAUAUCGUGUAUAGCUAUGUUGAACAGGUUCAAUGUUAAGGAGGUUGGUACCCUUGAAGAGAGGAUGGUUCUUCUAGGCAUGGAUGAGGGUCUGAAAUUGCUCAAGGCAUCAUUGGAGUCUAACGCAGUUCUCACCAAUGUCUUCUUUGGGAAGAAAGAGGUGUAAACAUGUCAACUUUAAGCCUGAUCAAUUUUGGAAAUGGAAUUUUGGAGCUUGUUUGACUGUUGUGCGUCUGAGUUCGGACUAGGGAUUCAUAAAGAGUGUCUGACACUGUUAUUUUGGAGGUUUUUUGUGGUAAUCAGUCAGUUGUAAAUUGAUGAAAUCGACUUCACCAUGCUCCUUUUCAGAGGAUAGUUUCUUCUGUUAAGGUAGCUGAGCCGACUUUUGCUAGAACUUUUGAGCUUGUGUGACUCCAAGAUGUUUUUGAGACUCAUG